UUUUAUCAGUUAUUCCCCUUGACAAUAAUGAAAAUGUCAACACUAACAAGGGCAGUACAGGCUGUUAAACCUCAUGUUCCGCUGAUCAGGUUUCCAUCAAGAUCGUCCAUUGAGGAAGCAAUGGGUAGUAUUAAAGGGUCCACUGCAGCAUCUGCAGCUGUGGCCUCACCACCUUCCUUCACAGCUAAACCACCAGCCAACUCAUACAGCGAUGUUGUACCAGCCAGGUUCCAGAGAAAACCAAUAUCAUUGGAGGAAAUGGAUUACAUACAGAGAGGUGGCCCAGAGUGAAGCUUGAUCAUACACUAGUCUAUUUAUUGAAUCCCAUUUAUACUGCCUGGCAGAAGCACUGUUAUUUUACUGCAUGUUAAUAGAUCUGUUACAUAAAUUUAUGAGUAUUCCUUGCUUUUGAAAUGAAUUAAAAUAAAUGAUAAAAUCA